CAGAUAAGAAAAUACCAGUUGCAGGCAUUAAUAGUCUGUUAUAGCAGUCAGAGGAGGAAUUUAAUGAGAAUUAUUAACCAUGUUCAUGACGAAAAUUUGUCCAGAAAACUGAAUUUCAUACAAUCAGAGAAAUGUGGGGCUGAAAGACACCUGGGAUGAAGCAGUACCAGGUUGACUACUGGGAAUGCCUGCACAUGAUGGAAGAGAACAGGAUUGAAGACUGUACUUCCAGAAGCAACCUCCUCUAACACACAUCCAGAAAAACUGAAAGCUAAAGAAAGGAAAGGACAGAAUACCCUCUGGAUUUUCUUCCCAUGUGCAGAGUAUACUUACUGAAGCAUUCAAUCAACUCCGAGGAUCAAUGUAUUUGUGAAUAUUCCAUUUUAAGGGUCUGCCAAAGAUGGGAAAGUCUUUCAAAAGGCAGUAACUUCAAGCUGUCGUAAACAUUGUAUCUGCUGCAAGGAAAUAACAGUUGGUGAUGCAAUUUUAUUCUAUUGAUUUAACAGCCCAUUCAGAGCAAGGGCUGUGAGACUACGACAACCUGUCCCUAGUGUAAUGUCAAUGUCGACUAUCACUUUGGCAGAAUCUGCCAGCUCAGUGAAAACUAAAAGAGUCCCUCCUCCUGUUUUUUCAUCUGCUGGUGGCAUUCAAAGUGACCUUGCCUUGUAAAUAUUGAUUUCUGAUACUUAAAAAUCUGAGCGUUUUUUCCAAGAGAAGAACAACAGUUGAUGCAAUCUGGUAGAAAGAUUACUCUGCUGAGAUGAGCUCUUAAUUAAUGCACAGAGAGCCUGAAAGUCCCACCUCUCAACGGUGACGAUUGGCAUUCAAGGAUACAUAAAUUACACUAAUUGAGCUUUGCAUCUAUACAGUUUUUCCACAGCCAACUCAUCAGAGAAGAUUUCUGGAUUGUUUGUGACCUGCUGGAGUAAAACCGUUGUAGUAAACUCAGAAAACAAAGAGCUCCUGAGUGAAGAAAGAAGAAAAUGUGGACAUAAAUUAAAUGUAGAGAAGAGUUUUCAAGUAAGCUGGGCUGAUGUGCAUAUAGAAGGAAUGAAGUAUGGAUGUGAAAGAACGUAGGCCUUAUUGCUCCCUGACAAAGAGCAGAAGAGACAAAGAACGACGUUACACAAAUUCUUCAGCAGAAAAUGAGGAGUGCAGAGUGCCUACGCAGAAGUCAUACAGUUCAAGUGAAACCCUGAAAGCUUUUGAUCAUGAUUCCUCCAGGUUGUUGUAUGGAAACCGGGUAAAGGACUUAGUCCACAGGGAAGCAGAUGAGUAUACCAGGCAAGGACAAAAUUUUACCCUAAGGCAGUUAGGAGUUUGUGAACCAGCAACUCGUCGAGGACUGGCAUUUUGUGCGGAAAUGGGGCUCCCCCACAGAGGUUACUCUGUCAGUGCAGGGUCAGAUGCUGAUACUGAAAAUGAAGGAGUGAUGUCUCCAGAGCAUGCCAUGAGACUUUGGGGCAGGGGGGUCAAAUCAGGGCGCAGUUCCUGUCUAUCAAGCCGUUCCAACUCAGCCCUCACUCUGACUGAUACUGAACACGAAAACAAGUCCGACAGUGAGAAUGGUCCUCCCAUGCCAUCCUCUUCAUCUAGUCCAUCCGUCAUUGAACAUUUACAUUCCCUUCCUCCAUCACCCAAUCGCCAUGACAACCAGAGGUGGUUGUUAAGUACCAAUGCCAUCCAGCCAGUUCAGGACUCUGAUACAGAUGAGGACUAUACUGCCAGCACUUAUCUAGUACAGACCGGUACUGUUUCAGUUUUCCCCCCAGAUCAUGAGCAACCUCCAAAUAACCAAGGCCAGUCGACCCUGCAACCUUUGCCACCUUCUCACAAGCAGCAUUCAGCACAGCAUCAUCCAUCUAUCACCUCCCUUAACAGAAACUCAUUGACAAAUAGGAGGAAUCAGAGUCCGGCCCCGCCGGCUGCUUUGCCCGCCGAGCUGCAAACCACACCCGAGUCGGUCCAGCUGCAGGACAGCUGGGUCCUUGGCAGUAAUGUGCCACUGGAAAGCAGACAAUUAGGAAAUCAAGCAGUUCUUGCAAAUGGUCAUGACAGCCUUAUAGAGAUGGAUGUGUUUACUCCAACAUGCCAGGAUAGCAGUUAUGGGGAUGGGCAUUUCUUAUUCAAAACAGGAACAGGGACAACACCACUGUUCAGUACUGCAACACCAGGUUACACAAUGGCAUCUGGCUCUGUUUAUUCCCCCCCUACUCGGCCACUACCUAGAAAUACACUAUCAAGAAGUGCUUUUAAAUUCAAGAAGUCUUCAAAGUACUGUAGCUGGAAAUGUACUGCACUCUGUGCUGUAGGAGUCUCAGUGCUACUGGCAAUACUGCUAUCCUACUUUAUAGCAAUGCAUCUCUUUGGCCUCAACUGGCAGUUACAACAGACUGAAAAUGACACAUUUGAGAAUGGAAAAGUGAAUGCUGAUACCAUGCCAACAAACACUGUAUCGUUACCUUCUGGUGAAAAUGUAAAAUUAGGGGGAUUUGCACAAGAAAACAACACAAUAGAUUCUGGAGAACUUGAUAUAGGCCGAAGAGCAAUACAAGAGGUUCCUCCAGGGAUCUUCUGGAGAUCACAGCUCUUCAUUGAUCAGCCACAGUUUCUAAAAUUCAAUAUCUCCCUUCAGAAAGAUGCACUGAUUGGAGUAUAUGGCCGAAAAGGCUUACCCCCAUCACAUACCCAGUAUGACUUUGUGGAACUCCUUGAUGGUAGCAGGUUGAUUGCAAGAGAACAGCGCAACCUGCUUGAAUCAGAGAGAGCAGGCCGACAGACAAGGUCUAUCAGUCUCCAUGAGGCAGGUUUUAUCCAGUAUUUGGAUUCUGGAGUCUGGCAUCUGGCUUUUUAUAAUGAUGGGAAAAAUGCAGAGCAGGUGUCUUUUAAUACCAUUGUUAUAGAGUCUGUAGUGGAAUGCCCCCGAAAUUGCCAUGGGAACGGAGAGUGUGUUUCUGGAUCAUGCCAUUGUUUUCCUGGAUUUCUGGGCCCUGAUUGUUCAAGAGCAGCCUGCCCAGUAUUGUGUAGUGGCAACGGGCAGUAUUCCAAAGGGCGCUGUCUCUGUUUCAGCGGUUGGAAGGGUACAGAGUGUGAUGUGCCUACCACCCAGUGUAUUGAUCCUCAGUGUGGGGGCCGUGGGAUUUGUAUCAUGGGCUCUUGUGCCUGCAACUCUGGGUACAAAGGAGAAAACUGUGAAGAAGCUGAUUGCUUAGACCCAGCCUGUUCCAGUCAUGGUGUGUGUAUCCAUGGAGAGUGCCACUGUAAUCCAGGAUGGGGUGGUAGCAACUGUGAAAUACUAAAGACAAUGUGUCCAGACCAGUGCUCUGGUCAUGGGACGUACCUUCAAGAAAGUGGUACCUGCACUUGUGACCCUAAUUGGACAGGUGCAGAUUGCUCAAAUGAAAUCUGUUCCGUGGACUGUGGCUCUCAUGGUGUUUGCAUGGGUGGAACAUGUCGUUGCGAAGAAGGUUGGACUGGACCAGCCUGCAAUCAAAGAGCCUGCCACCCUCGCUGUGCUGAACACGGAACCUGUAAAGAUGGGAAGUGUGAAUGUAGCCAGGGAUGGAACGGAGAGCACUGUACUAUUGCUCACUAUUUGGAUAAGAUAGUUAAAGCAGACAAGAUAGGAUAUAAAGAGGGCUGCCCUGGUCUGUGCAAUAGCAAUGGAAGAUGUACAUUGGACCAAAAUGGUUGGCAUUGUGUUUGCCAGCCAGGAUGGAGAGGAGCAGGAUGUGAUGUAGCCAUGGAAACUUUGUGCACUGAUAGCAAGGACAAUGAAGGAGAUGGAUUAAUUGACUGCAUGGAUCCUGACUGUUGCUUGCAGAGUUCCUGCCAAAAUCAGCCCUAUUGUCGUGGACUGCCUGAUCCCCAAGAUAUCAUUAGCCAAAGCCAACAAUCACCAUCUCAGCAAGCUGCCAAAUCUUUUUAUGACAGGAUCAGUUUUCUUACAGGGCCAGACAGCACCCAUGUAAUACCUGGAGAAAAUCCAUUCAAUAAGAGCCUUGCAUCUGUCAUCAGGGGCCAAGUAUUAACUGCCGAUGGAACGCCACUCAUUGGAGUUAAUGUCUCCUUUUUACAUUAUCCAGAAUAUGGUUAUACAAUCACUCGCCAAGAUGGAAUGUUUGACUUGGUAGCAAAUGGUGGUGCAUCUCUAACUCUAGUGUUUGAAAGAUCACCAUUCCUCACACAGUAUCACACAGUGUGGAUUCCGUGGAAUGUCUUUUAUGUCAUGGAUACCCUGGUCAUGAAGAAGGAGGAGAAUGACAUUCCCAGCUGUGAUCUGAGUGGAUUUGUGAGGCCAAACCCUGUCAUUGUGUCAUCACCUUUAUCCACCUUCUUUAGGAUUUCUCCUGAAGACAGUCCCAUUAUCCCUGAGACACAGGUACUUCAUGAAGAGACUACAAUUCCAGGAACUGAUUUGAAAUUAUCAUACUUAAGCUCCAGAGCUGCAGGAUAUAAAUCAGUUCUUAAGAUCACCAUGACCCAGUCUGUUAUACCAUUUAACUUAAUGAAAGUUCAUCUCAUGGUGGCAGUGGUCGGAAGACUUUUCCAGAAAUGGUUCCCUGCAUCCCCAAAUCUGGCUUACACUUUCAUAUGGGAUAAAACUGAUGCAUACAACCAGAAGGUCUAUGGCUUAUCUGAAGCUGUUGUGUCUGUGGGUUAUGAAUAUGAGUCUUGUUUGGAUCUAACUCUCUGGGAAAAGCGGACUGCCAUUUUGCAGGGAUAUGAACUGGAUGCCUCUAACAUGGGUGGUUGGACAUUGGAUAAACAUCAUGUGUUGGAUGUUCAGAAUGGUAUCCUCUACAAAGGAAAUGGUGAAAAUCAAUUUAUUUCUCAGCAACCUCCAGUUGUUAGUAGCAUCAUGGGCAAUGGACGAAGACGCAGCAUCUCAUGCCCAAGUUGCAAUGGCCAAGCUGAUGGUAAUAAACUACUAGCUCCAGUAGCCUUAGCUUGUGGUAUAGAUGGCAGCCUGUAUGUAGGGGAUUUCAACUAUGUUCGGCGGAUCUUCCCAUCUGGAAAUGUAACUAGUGUGCUUGAACUCAGAAAUAAAGAUUUUAGACAUAGCAGCAACCCAGCUCACAGAUACUACCUUGCAACUGACCCAGUCACAGGAGAUUUGUAUGUUUCUGACACUAACACACGCAGGAUCUAUCGUCCAAAGUCACUCACUGCUGCAAAAGACCUGACAAAAAAUGCUGAUGUAGUAGCAGGAACUGGAGAACAGUGCCUUCCAUUUGAUGAGGCAAGAUGUGGUGAUGGAGGCAAGGCUGUGGAAGCAACGCUCAUGAGUCCCAAAGGACUGGCAAUUGACAAAAAUGGAUUAAUCUACUUUGUUGAUGGGACCAUGAUUAGAAAAGUGGAUCAAAAUGGAAUAAUAUCAACUUUGCUUGGCUCUAAUGAUCUAACCUCAGCACGACCUCUAACAUGUGACACUAGCAUGCACAUCAGCCAGGUACGUCUGGAAUGGCCCACAGAUUUGGCUAUCAAUCCAAUGGAUAACUCCAUUUAUGUUUUGGAUAACAAUGUAGUUUUGCAGAUCACUGAAAAUCGUCAGGUCCGUAUUGCAGCUGGGAGACCAAUGCACUGCCAAGUGCCUGGCGUGGAGUACUCUGUCGGAAAGCAUGCUGUACAGACCACUUUAGAAUCAGCAACGGCUAUAGCGGUGUCCUACAGUGGGGUACUUUAUAUUACAGAAACUGAUGAAAAAAAGAUUAACAGAAUAAGGCAGGUCACAACUGAUGGAGAGAUCUCGUUAGUUGCUGGAAUACCAUCAGAGUGUGAUUGCAAAAAUGAUGUCAACUGUGACUGUUACCAAAGUGGUGAUGGCUAUGCUAAAGAUGCCAAACUUAAUGCCCCUUCCUCCUUGGCUGUGUCUCCAGAUGGUACAUUGUACAUUGCUGAUCUUGGAAAUAUUCGGAUACGAGCUGUGUCAAAGAACAAGCCCUUGCUGAAUUCAGUGAACUUUUAUGAAGUUGCCUCUCCAACUGAUCAAGAGCUCUAUAUCUUCGAUGUCAAUGGUACUCACCAGUACACAAUGAGUUUAGUCACUGGAGACUAUCUGUACAAUUUUAGCUACAGUAAUGAUAAUGAUAUUACAGCAGUAACCGAUAGCAAUGGAAACACACUUCGUAUCAGACGGGAUCCCAAUCGGAUGCCAGUGAGAGUGGUGUCUCCUGAUAACCAAGUGAUCUGGUUGACUAUAGGCACAAAUGGAUGCCUGAAAAGCAUGACUGCCCAAGGACAAGAGCUUGUUUUAUUUACUUACCAUGGCAACAGUGGGCUUCUGGCAACUAAAAGUGAUGAGACUGGAUGGACUACAUUUUUUGACUAUGACAGUGAGGGUCGUCUCACAAAUGUUACAUUUCCAACUGGAGUGGUCACUAACCUUCACGGGGAAAUGGAAAGGGCCAUUACAGUGGACAUUGAAUCAUCUAGCAGAGAGGAAGAUGUCAGCAUCACUUCAAACUUAUCAUCAAUUGAUUCUUUCUAUACCAUGGUUCAAGAUCAGUUAAGGAACAGCUACCAGAUUGGCUAUGAUGGCUCCCUCAGAAUUAUCUAUGCCAGUGGCAUGGAUUCACAUUACCAAACAGAACCGCAUGUUUUAGCUGGCACAGCCAAUCCAACAGUAGCAAAAAGAAACAUGACUCUCCCAGGAGAAAAUGGACAGAAUUUAGUAGAAUGGAGAUUCCGAAAAGAACAAGCCCAGGGAAAAGUCAAUGUGUUUGGCCGAAAGCUAAGGGUUAAUGGCAGAAACCUCCUUUCAGUCGACUUUGAUCGAACCACAAAGACAGAAAAGAUCUAUGAUGACCACCGUAAAUUUCUGCUGAGGAUUGCCUACGACACAUCAGGGCAUCCAACUCUCUGGCUGCCAAGCAGCAAGCUGAUGGCUGUCAAUGUUACCUAUUCAUCUACAGGUCAAAUUGGCAGUAUUCAGCGAGGAACCACUAGUGAAAAAGUAGACUAUGAUGGGCAGGGAAGGAUUGUAUCUAGAGUAUUUGCUGAUGGAAAAACUUGGAGUUACACCUAUCUGGAAAAGUCAAUGGUCCUCCUGCUUCAUAGCCAACGGCAGUACAUCUUUGAAUAUGAUCUGUUGGAUCGGCUUUCUGCAAUCACCAUGCCCAGCGUUGCUCGUCAUACCAUGCAAACCAUUCGUUCCAUUGGCUAUUACCGGAACAUAUACAACCCCCCUGAAAGCAACGCCUCUGUUAUCAUGGACUACAAUGAAGAAGGACAGCUCCUUCAAACAGCUUUCUUGGGUACAAGCCGAAGAGUCUUGUUCAAAUAUAGAAGGCAGACUAAGCUCUCAGAAAUUUUGUAUGAUAGUACAAGAGUCAGUUUUACUUAUGAUGAGACAGCAGGUGUUCUGAAAACAGUAAACCUCCAGAGUGAUGGUUUUAUCUGCACCAUUAGAUACAGGCAAAUCGGCCCAUUGAUUGACAGACAGAUUUUCCGCUUUAGUGAAGACGGAAUGGUAAAUGCUCGAUUUGACUACAGCUAUGACAAUAGCUUCAGAGUGACUAGCAUGCAAGGUGUCAUCAAUGAAACCCCAUUGCCUAUUGAUCUCUACCAGUUUGAUGAUAUCUCUGGUAAAGUUGAGCAGUUUGGAAAAUUUGGAGUUAUAUAUUAUGAUAUUAACCAGAUAAUUUCCACAGCUGUAAUGACUUACACAAAACACUUUGAUGCUCAUGGCCGCAUCAAAGAAAUUCAGUAUGAAAUCUUUAGGUCGCUAAUGUACUGGAUUACAAUUCAGUAUGAUAACAUGGGGCGAGUGACUAAAAGAGAAAUUAAAAUUGGGCCAUUUGCCAACACCACCAAAUAUGCUUAUGAAUACGAUGUUGAUGGUCAGCUCCAGACAGUUUAUCUAAAUGAAAAAAUCAUGUGGCGAUACAACUAUGAUUUAAAUGGCAACCUCCAUUUGCUCAACCCUAGUAACAGUGCCCGUUUAACACCACUUCGCUAUGACCUGAGAGACAGAAUCACUCGACUAGGUGAUGUUCAGUACCGAUUAGAUGAAGAUGGAUUCCUGCGUCAGAGGGGUACUGAGAUCUUUGAAUACAGCUCAAAGGGCCUUCUCACUAGAGUUUACAGCAAAGGCAGCGGGUGGACAGUAAUAUACCGUUAUGAUGGACUAGGACGACGGGUUUCCAGUAAAACUAGCCUUGGACAGCACCUCCAGUUUUUUUAUGCAGACCUUACUUAUCCAACGAGGAUAACUCAUGUAUAUAACCAUUCAAGCUCUGAGAUCACUUCUCUUUACUAUGACCUGCAAGGGCACCUUUUUGCCAUGGAGAUUAGCAGUGGCGAUGAGUUUUACAUUGCCUCAGACAACACUGGGACACCACUGGCUGUCUUUAGUAGCAACGGUCUGAUGCUUAAACAAAUUCAGUACACUGCUUAUGGCGAGAUCUAUUUUGACUCCAACCUUGACUUUCAGUUGGUAAUAGGAUUCCAUGGAGGCUUGUAUGACCCAUUGACCAAACUAGUCCAUUUUGGAGAAAGAGAUUAUGACAUAUUGGCAGGCCGCUGGACUACACCUGACAUUGAAAUCUGGAAAAGAAUUGGGAAGGAUCCAGCUCCUUUUAACCUCUACAUGUUUAGAAAUAACAAUCCAGCCAGUAAAAUACAUGAUGUGAAGGAUUAUAUCACAGAUGUUAACAGCUGGCUGGUGACCUUUGGUUUCCAUCUGCACAAUGCCAUACCUGGUUUUCCUGUUCCCAAAUUUGAUUUAACAGAGCCUUCAUAUGAACUUUUGAAGAGUCAGCAAUGGGACGAUAUACCGCCAAUUUCUGGAGUGCAACAACAAGUGGCAAAGCAAGCGAAGGCUUUCCUGUCCCUGGGAAAGAUGGCAGAAGUUCAAAUCAGUAGACCCAAAUCCAACGGAGAGAAGUCAUGGCUGUGGUUUGCGACAGUGAAGUCUUUGAUUGGGAAAGGGGUUAUGCUCGCUGUCAAUCAAGGGAAAGUGCUGACUAAUGUGCUCAACAUUGCAAAUGAGGACUGCAUAAAAGUGGCAGCUGUUCUGAACAAUGCCUACUACCUGGAAAACUUGCAUUUCACCAUUGAGGGGAAGGACACUCACUAUUUCAUCAAGACCACCUCCCCGGAGAGCGAUCUCGGCACAUUGAGGCUGACGAGUGGGCGCAAAGCCCUGGAAAAUGGCAUCAACGUGACCGUUUCCCAGUCCACCACAGUGGUGAAUGGCAGGACUCGUAGGUUUGCUGAUGUCGAAAUGCAGUAUGGUGCGUUAGCUCUUCACGUCCGCUACGGCAUGACACUCGAUGAGGAGAAGGCACGAAUAUUGGAACAGGCUAGGCAAAGAGCUCUGUCCAACGCCUGGGCUAGAGAACAACAAAGAGUAAGAGAUGGAGAGGAAGGUGCCAGGUUAUGGACCGAAGGGGAAAAGAGGCAGCUGCUAAGUGCUGGAAAGGUACAAGGAUAUGAUGGGUACUAUGUACUCUCUGUGGAGCAAUACCCUGAAUUAGCAGACAGCGCUAACAAUAUACAGUUCCUUAGACAAAGUGAGAUAGGAAAGAGGUAACAUACUGGCUUAGCUGAGGCUGCCAAAGAGACUGACGGUGUAUCAGUGUCUUCUGAAAGGGAGAUGAAACUGUUUUGCUGGAUUACUACUUGAGCCUAAACUUAUACCUUUGCUCAGAUUUUGCUGUAGCACAGUCUGAAUAGACUCUACAAAGAAAAGAGAGCCUUCCAGAAGAAUGAUACUGCUAAAAACAAAACUUUUUUUUCUGAAUGACCUUAAAGGUGAUCUGCUUUAAAGAAUAUGUUUACAUAUGCAUAUCGCUGCACUCAAGUUGGACUGAAAGUAUUAAAAAAAAAAAAAAAAAAAAAAAGGCCUAAAGAUUUUGCAACAGGCUGUCUCUUCCUUUGAGCACUGUAUUUAAUUACAAUACAGAUCCAUACAGUGUUUCCAAAUAUUACCGAAUUGUUGACCUUUGCUUACAAGAAGUAAUCUCUCUCUCUCUCUCUCUCUCCCUCUCUCUGCAUAGGAUGUGAUAUAUAGCUCUGUUCAUUUUACAGUGUGGGGCAGAAAUUGUUUAUAGACAACCCAACUGCUUUAAAUUGUGCUGCUUUCUAAAAGGACAUUGGCACAGUGACUUAUGCUAUCAUGUGAAUUUAAUAAUGGAUUUUACAAUGCUAACAUGGUUUG